AUGUCAAACAAAUUAGUUGCAUUGUUGUUGUUGGUGUGUGUUGUAACUGCUCAAGGUGGAAAAUUGAUGACUCCAGAAGCAUGCUACAAUUAUUGCUACAAAUCCAUGAUGUACCCGAAAGCCAUUGCCGAUCCUAUAUGUAAAUAUCGAUGUCGAUUCCCCAUGUAUGAAAACAACCCUAAGGCUGUGAUAACAGGAGCAGCCUUAAAUGUAAGGAAGGCUGGUCAACUUUCAGCUCCACCAAGUUCUCCGAUCCCAGCAGCCAAAAUACACUGA